UCUCCCUCAAACCCACAGUCUCGAGCAAAAACCUACGACGCACAAACAUCAGUGAGGAGCAGCCCCCUUGUCCUGCCACCACGGGACAUCUCAUAUGCAUUGGGUUCGUGAGUUCACUUGAUGUCGGCACCCUCAGGGGGUGGGAGGGCCUGCAGAAUCAAAACCCAGUCAUCACAGGUGAAACCUCCAACUAGCACAUCUGUGACCACCCUCAUGUUCCUACAGAGCACCAAAUAGCUCAUUCUGGAAAAAAAAACACUGCUUCAGAGCUAAAAGGGACUUAAUUCCAACAUGGAGGGUGUAGCCGUCGACAACCUUAUAGACUUUGACCUACCCUCAGAGGCCACAACUCUCAGCAUAGAUGGAGGCCAACAUCAAGGCCAUACAGACAUUUUCUCCCCAGAGCCGACAUCUUCCAUGGGAGUCCACCAGCAGCCCUUACUGCCAGAGCCCAUGGCGCCAACCAAGCCCAGCCCUCACCACCACCAACACAAUCACCAAGAGGAAGGAGGCAAUGACAGCGAUGCUACAGAGUCGGCAGACAGCGAGAAUGACAUGGACCCGCCAUCGCAUAUGUGGGAGCUGAGGAGGUCGUCAUCUUCGUCCGCCCACAGUGGAGAGGAGGCUGAUGCAGAGACAGUGGAGAGGAGGCAGUUCAUGAAGGCUUAUGUGGAGAAGGUGUUUCAUGGAAGGGAGGACUUUGACCAGGAAGAGAAGGCUCGUUUUGGAGAGCUGUGCAGUGGAGAGAAUGGCAAAGGCAGGGAGUGGUUUGCCAAAUACGUCAGCGCACAGCGCUGCCACUCUAAAUGUGUGAGUGAAGCCACCUUCUACAGACUGGUGCAGUCUUUUGCGGUUGUGCUGUUUGAAUGUUACCAGAUGGAUGACUACAGCCCAGCCAAAAACCUCAUGACGAUGUGCUUCACAUACUACUACAUUGGGAAGUCCCAGCCAUCUCCCUCAGAGUUGCUGGAUCGUGGUGGUCCUCCAGCUGGUCUGGACUCGUACCUCAACAAGGCCAACUUCUGGCUGUCCGGGAAGAAGGAUGCUGCUGAACGCCUCCUCAAGAACACAUCUAAAAGUGACGUCAAAGGCUUCUUUGGAGGCUUAGAGAGCAAGCUGAGAAGCUCAAUAGCUGCCAAGACUGAGGAUGGUGAAAGCCCAGUUGAGACAAAGCCCAAAUCACCAGUGUCAGAGGCUCCAGAGGAAAAGAAAGGAGAGAAGGUGUAUCUGUACACCCACCUGAAGCAGCAACCCAUCUGGCACACAUUAAGGUUUUGGAAUGCUGCAUUUUUUGAUGCUGUCCAUUGUGAGAGGAAGAAAAGAUCACCAACCACGAGGGGAGCGCAGGAUGAAGAGAAAGACGAGAGGGAGAAGUGGUGUCAUAUGACCCAGGAGGAGAGGGACGACACCUCCAAAAUCGAUGAAAACAUCGCCUUCGGCCAACUCGGGACAUUUACUCAUAACAUGCUGGCAUUUGGGCUCAGCAAGAAGCUCUGCAAUGACUUCCUAAAGAAGCAGGCUGUCAUCGGGAACCUGAAUGAAGAACAGUACAAGUUGCUGACCGACCACAUAGAGAAAAUGGCGGCAGAGUGAGUUUGAGGACAACAGGCCGUGUUUCAAAGUCUCCACACAACAGACUGACAGCACAGACACACACACAUCAGCAAUUUCUUGGCAACUCUGUGUCACAGUGACCAACUCUUCGUUUGACUGUUGUUGCAUUUAUGUGAUGCACUGCUGAUAAACAACAUAACUUACUGUACUGAACUGUGCCAUAGUUGUAGCAAAUCCUGUAUGUCCAGCUUGGUAGUACUCUUCUGCACCCUGUUCUGUAUCAGCAAUAAUACAACAUCAUUAGCCGAUGCAUACUUAAAUAUCUUUAACGCCUCUGUCUGUGACCUGCUGGACUAAAAGCAUAAAGUGAAACCAUACAGUAUAAACCUAAACAGCCUCAGUAUGGUGUCAGACACUCUGGAUUUAUACAUUAUACACAUGAUGUGUAAAUUAUAUAUCCACAAUGCUGUUUUUCGUCUGUGUUUCCAUGGUAACCACAUUUAUUAUAUGUUAGCAUAUCACAUCUAACAGCAUCUGAUGAAGCACUGUACUAAGUAUCGUCCUGCUUUGUUAUAUUUUACAUCAUUGUCUACAGCAGUAAAAACCAGACUGGGGUGUAAUAGUAUAUGGCAAUAAUAAGUCAUAGUAUUUCAGUGUGCUAUUCAGGUGGUAUCGGGUCAGUUUUCUAUCCCAGUGUCACUUAAGUUAAAGGGACAGUUCACCCCAAAAUUCAAAAUACAUAUUUUUCCUCAUACCUGUAGUAUCAUUCAAGAUUAUUUUGGUGUGAGUUGCCAAGUGUCAGAGAUAUUUGCUGUAGAGAUGUGCCUUCUCUCCAGUAUAAUGGAAGUAGAUGGCACUCAGCUAGUGGUACUCAAAGCACCAAAAAGUACAUAUAUAAAACUCAACAGCAAUUUUUUGUUACUCAAGAUAAUCCAUGAGUAGAUGCACAAUUCCUUCUGUGUGGUGAUACAGUUGGUGGAUGUAGUUUGAUAGAAAGAGAAUAGUUCCUACAUUAAACUGCUCACAACUACGUCUGUGGAUCAUCUUGAAUAACCAGAUUAUGAUUUCUGGAAAGUGACAUUGCUGUUGAGUUUUUCUUUUCUUUUCUUUUUUUGGCUCUUUGAGCACCACAAGCCAAGGGUCAUCUAGUACCAUUAUAUUGGAGAGAAGGCAGACAUCUCUACGGCCGAUAUAUUCAACACUCAGCAACUCACACCAAAACAAUCUCAAGUGAUAAAUAACACUACAGGUAAGAGGAAAAAUAUUUUGAUUUGGGAUUAACUGUCACUUUAACUACUAAAUACUAAUCUGGGCUUUCUGUAACACUGUAGUAUCCUAUUUGGCAAUACAAACAGCAACUGCAGCUUUGACAUAUGUAACAUGUAACACCUAAACUUAUUGCUGGCAUUCAAAAUUGUAGAAACAUUGCCUUCUCUUAAAGAAAUGGUUCAUCAUUUUGAAAGAUAUGCUUAUUCGCUUUAUCGCAGAGAUAGGCAGGAGGAUUUAUAUCAUCGCCACGCCUGUACGUUAACUAGUUACAGUAAGGAGACAGCUUAACAUGAAGCUUGGAAACAGGGGAACUGCUAGACUGGCUCUGUUCAAAAAAAAAAAUCCACCUACUAGUAUCUCUGUGUUAAUUAAUGAGCUUCAGAGGUGCUGGUAGGUGGAUAUUAGGUGGAUAUUUCUCUCUGGAUAGGCUAAUUGUUUUCCCUGGUUUCCAGUCUUUAUGCUUAGCUAACUUAGUGGAUUCAAUCUUCUCAUUCUCUCAACAACAAUAAAAAGCAACAAAGUCUUCCUUCUGAUUACUUACUCAGAGAAAUCAUAAUACUUAUUUCCCUCCCAUUUUGCCCUUUUCCCUCUGCCACAAGUUUACAGUCUAGUGGUAUUAAUUAAAUGUUUUUUUAAUUAGAAACUUGAUUAUACCCUUAAGACCAUUAGAGACUCCUUAUCUAUCCAAAGUGCCUUUCAUUAAAGUUAACAUCUUUAUCUUCUGAUGCUACCCUCAAUUGCCAUACCAAACACUAAUGCAGAGCCUUGAUUGCUCUGGUAAUCAUUCCCUGCUGGGUAUUAAAAAAAAAAAAAAAAAAAAAAAAUCUGCAUGGAAAUAAAAAUCAUUGUACUGCUAUCUGUGUUUUCAGUGAUGGACGUAAAUUGUAGUUUAUUUUCAGUUGGUUGAGCUGUAAUACCUGAUGCAUAGCUAUAAGCAUGUGGCCUGGAUUAAAGACAGUCCAGCUUAUCUAUCUGUGUAUCUAUCUAGCAUGUGCAAACAGCAUCAAGCAAACAUUAAACGAGUGACUGAACUGUGAAGUGACACUUCCUAAUUGUAUUACUUCAUCGUACCACUGAGGGGUAGCAUUGUGUCUUCAUUCAAAGCACUUCUCAGUGGCAGAUUCAAGAAAUCCUUCCUAGCUUUACUGUCAAGAAUAUAUCAGUAUGUGCUUUUUAAAUAAUGAAAUAUGGUAAUGUAAAUGUGAAAGCAAGUUGAAUCCCAUUUCUGAUUGAUAAUCGGUUUUAAUCUAUUGUGUUGAUGAAGUCAUUUUGUAAAUACUGUACAGAUUAAUGUGUAUGUUGUAAGAAUUGAUUACGUGCUGCUGUUUGUGAAUUGUGUGUCUUUAAUUUUAAUGUAUAAAUAGUAGAUGUAAUUGUGCAUUGUGACCAUUGUGUCCAUGAGGAACAUAAAUGUAUAAUUGUAGUUAUGACCCUGAAGUGCCCCCGUACAUCCAACCUUCUGUUUAACGUGCUCAUUCAAAGUAUUUGCAUACAGUGUUGUGCAGUAAUCUCCAAUGUAAAUGUAAAUCAUUCUUUCACAGCUGAGUGACAUGCAGUGUAAUCAUACAAAGUAUACAAAUCAUAUGGAAAGCCUUGCAAACCCCUGUCCUCUGUACACAGUUUAUAAUGGACUCUUUCUAUUCUCUCAGGUGUCCCUUCGCAUGUGCUCUAAGUCCAUUUCCAAACAUUUUUAGACUGUGUAUGCCAUGGCUACACACCCUUCAUUCCCUACCAUUGUGUUUUUCCUGAUGUGACUUUUGACCAUGUUGCAACACCCUUCUGGUUUGGUUGAAGUGUUGACCUGUAUAUUGUACUUGUUAGCUCAGCAUGAGCCAUUUGCACUACAUUUAGUCUCAACAUCUCUACACUCUUUUCAAUAUCUUCUGAAUAAUGUUACAUUGAUGCCUUUUAUAUGUGUUCUGCAUGGCCAGUGCACGCUCUCUGUCGAGCAUAUCUGUUGUUAAAUGUUGAUGGUAGUUUGUCUUUAGUAUGGCCUGGAUGGAAAGACCAGUCUAGCUAUGUUGACAUUGUGUCAAUUAUCAACCAAGUGAAAUUUGUCAUUAAAGUUGUAUUUACAUUUAGUUUUUAUGGGAUAACCCUUUUGAUUAAAGGUCCAGUGUGAAGGA